AUGGCAUCGACAAAGUGGGCGCUGGAUUACCCCGGAAUCAGUGUCGCGGUUGUCUUUUCUUCCUUGAUCCUUGGCCUCCUGCUCAUCAGAACCCUCUCUGCUUCUAGCCCCCCAAGCCCGCCAGAGCCUCCCCUGCUAAAGCCUCCACAUCCCAUCUUUGGCCACCUCCCGGGUCUUUUGCGCCAUGGCAUGCUCUACAUGGACGUGCUGGCGAGGCAGUACCACGAGCAAUUCCCUGAAGGCAUCUUUACCGUCUCCUUAUUCGGAAAGCACAUCUACAUUGUGAUGACCCCGGGGCUCUUGGCACAUACUCAGAACAAGUCCCGCCUCGUGUCUGGAUGGGAGGUGUUGGCGACUGUUACUGCAAGUUUCACCGGUAGGGGGAGAAAGUACUACGACCGCUUGGUCAAGAACAGCCAGAGUCGCAAAAUUCCCAAUUAUCACUCCGAGAACCAUAAACUCAUCUAUGGUUCGUUAAACCCUGGUAAAGAAUUGGAUCGCAUGCGUGUCGCUUUUGUCGACACCUAUGUCUCUUUUAUCCCUCCACUAGAGACGAUUGUGGACAAGUCUGGCAGCUACACUUUUGAUUUCUACGAAUGGCUACGGGAGUCUUUCACCAACGCGUCGGCGAGGCUGGCUUGGGGCAAAGACAACCCGUUCAGCCGCGACCCGACUCUCUGGAAGGCAUUUACCGAGUUUGACGACAAUGCCGGUUUGCUCAUGACCAGGCCCUUGCCGCGCAUACUUGUAAGAAAGGGCUAUCUUGCACGUGAAAGGGCAAUUGGGCAAAUCCGCGACUUCAUGGCCGAAAGUGAUGAGGCCAAGAUUCAAGGUUUCGGGCCUCUCAUGCGACACACGUCCCAUGUUCUGUCCAAGUGGGGUUUCACAGCAGAUGAGUUGGCUUCCAACAACCUGGGCAUGAUUAUUGGGCUGGCUAGUAACACGGCGCCGGCCGCAGCCAAUACGCUGAUUGCCAUUGUUCGCGAUCCGUCGCUGCUGUCUUCUGUUCGGGCCGAGCUGGAUGCGCUCGUGCAGCGCAGCGCCGAUGGCACGACGGCCACUUUUGACGCUGCCGAUAUUCGUUCUCACUGCCCUCUCUUUGUCUCGGCAGCCUACGAGACGAUGCGUCUUACAUCUUCGGGAUCAACAGCGAGGGUUAUUGCGCAUGACCCCGACAAUGUGUCUUCUUCUCCCGGCAAAUAUCACAUUCUCACGUCGCCUGACAAGUCCACUUCUUGGAGUCUCAAAAAGGGCGAAAUGAUGUUUAUGGCCGGAGGUCUGAUCCAUGGAAACUCGGCACACUAUGCCAACCCCACGACUUUUGAUGCGACGAGGUACCUCGAGCACUCCAUCCCCGAGACCCAGAUUCCCGGCCUAUUUCGUAGUUUUGGGGGCGGUGCAUCAAUCUGCGGAGGGAGAUAUCUUGCCGUUGCCGAGAUCCUGGCUGUUGUGUCUUCGAUUAUCUUACGAUUCGAUAUCGAAAAGGAUGGAGGCAGUGGAGGGUGGCAAUUGCCAGAUAGGCGCGACUGUCCUUCGCAUGCUGCUGUAACACCCCCUCCAGGCGGCAAAAUGCCAAUGACAAUCCGGAGGAGAGCAGGUUGGGAGGGAGUCAGAUGGAUCAAUAGCCAUAUGAAGGAUACAUAA